AUGUCGGGUAUGGGGGAUGGGUACGUGGGUUCGGCUCAAGAUGCGGUGAGGAUACGGCGGCUGGAAAAGCAAAGAGAAGCUGAACGCCGUAAAUUCCAGGAGUUGAAGAGCAAGACUGCCUCCGGCCAAGAGCAAUCUGGUCUACUCCAAUUCGGCACCAGCUCUUGCGAGAUUCUUGACACUGCUUUCAAGAAGGAAACAGUCGGUUUAGUUACAAGAGAGGAAUAUGUGGAGAAGAGGGUUAAUAUUCGUAAUAAGUUUGAAGAAGAAGAGAAGGAGAAAUUGCAGAAGCUACAACAAGAGGAAGAGGAGCUUCAACAACAGAAGCGUAGCAAGAAGAGAAAGAUUAAGGGAACCUCCCGCUUAUCUUUUGCUGAAGAUAUUGAGAAUGGCAGUGAUGAUGAAGAUGGAGAAAACAAGAGUUCUGAGCCAAUGAACUUACGCUGUGGAAAACUUGGCAAGGACCCCUCGGUGGAAACUAAUUUUUUGCCUGACAGUGAGCGGGAGGCGGAGGAACAAGCUGAACGUGAAAGGCUGAAGAAACAGUGGCUUCGUGAACAAGAGCAGAUUAAAAACGAGCCUCUUGAGAUUACUUACAGUUACUGGGAUGGGACGGGCCAUAGACGAGUUAUCCAGGUCCGCAAGGGUGACGCAAUUGGGAAUUUUCUACGGUCUGUUCAGCAGCAGCUUGCCCCUGACUUCCGGGAGAUUCGGACGACAUCAGUUGAGAAUUUGCUAUAUGUAAAGGAAGAUCUUAUAAUCCCACAUCAACACAGUUUCUACGAGCUGAUCAUUAACAAAGCUAGGGGAAAGAGUGGCCCGCUGUUUCACUUUGAUGUGCAUGAAGACGUGAGAACAAUUGCUGAUGCAACGAUCGAGAAAGACGAGUCGCAUGCGGGUAAAGUUGUGGAGAGGCAUUGGUACGAGAAGAACAAGCAUAUAUUCCCUGCUUCCAGAUGGGAGAUUUACGACCCGACAAAGAAAUGGGAACGGGUUUUGUUCCUCGCUCUCCUUCUCCUUGCAUCUCCUCUGCUUCAAGUUGCUAGAUGUCAGUCGGAUCCCGAUGAUCAUUCGAGUCUUGUUGACGAUGUUGUGGGAGAAAACAGUGAUUCUGGGGUUGAGGAAGACGACCAGGAUUUGGAUGUGAAUUUGACCUCAUUUCCAGGAGUUGAGACAGUUUGUGUUUUUCCCAAAAACAGUGCGAAAUUGGUUCCAGCUGGAGAAGAUACUGAGCUCCUCGUUGGUCUGAAAAAUGAUGGGAAAUCUAGCAUAGGAGUGAUGGGAAUUAGGGCCAGUGUUCAUCUUCCUUAUGACCAUAAGUUGUUGGUUCAGAAUCUAACCAUGCUGAGAUUCAACAAUGCAUCCAUCCCAACUUCUCUUCAAGCAUCAUUCUCGUACAUCUUUGCAGUCAGCCAGUACCUGCAGCCUGGAGCAUUUGAUCUGGUGGGUUAUAUUAUCUACGACGUGGAAGGGAAGCCAUUCCAGAGUGUCUUCUACAAUGGUACCAUAGAGGUAGUUGAAUCUGGAGGUCUUCUCAGCGGUGAGUCUGUCUUCCUUAUAACACUUGGAAUUGCUCUCCUCCUCCUCCUCGGUCUAUGGGCGUACAGCCAAGUACAGCGUCUCACCAAGAAAACCAAAAAGGUGUCCAAGGUGGAAGUAGGAACCAGGUCUACCGAUGCAUCACUCGACGAAUGGCUCGAGGGAACUCCUUUGGCCAAGACAUUGUCUGGAAAAUCGAAGAACAAGAAGAACUAA